AUGUUUUCUUCCUCAAAUAAAGUCAGCGUUGAACUAUCAAUUCCUUCAAUAGAAAAAUCUCAGCUGAGAAUCGGAUCGCUGAGCUCACCGAAAAAGCCCCAAAAGAUCAUGGAAAAUGAACACUCUGAAAAGAAAAAAGAUUUCAUCAGAAGAUCUGAAGAACGACCCUCUGUCACCAAACCAGCUUUUCUUCAGCCGCUCAGAAAUUUCCAAAUCGCGCCAGAGCAAAAUCUAGAAUUCGAUAUGAUUAUCAACGGAUUCCCGAAACCGUCUCUUUCUCUCUACAAAAACUCAAAUGAGCUCAAAUUGAAUGAGUACCGCAAGAAAUGGAUUGGAAACAAAGUUUCUAUUACCAUUUAUCACGAAUAUUGGCGCCAAGAAGCUGUCUUUACCGUCAUUGCUGAAAAUGAAGCUGGAUCAGCAACAAAUGAAUGCAUCAUUUACUCCGAUGAGCCGUUUGAAAUGAUCGAAAUCGUCGAAAAUGAAGCUGAAAUCGACUCUUCUGACAUUCCAGAGCUCUCUCAGGAGCUGCGACUCGAGCAAGUUGAUGUUGACAUCGACGAAGACUCCCUAACAUCUGAAGACUAUUUACCUCGGGAGCUUUCGCCAAUUUUCGAAGUCACUGAAGAUGAGCUCACUCGAUCCUUGCGCUCAGCAGCAUCUUCGCGUCGCUCUUCAAUUCGAUCUGUUGAAUCUAUUCGAUCAACUCUAACGAUGCUGACUCCGACGCAGUCUUUUGUUGUUGAACGAAAUCCGGAAAUUCAAGAUCUCACUCCUCUAUCCACCAUUUCCGCUCCUAUCUCUGAGCGUGAUGAUAAAACACCAACACCAGAAAAGAACCCCGAUGUGAUCGACUUAGCAGAGGCAAAUUAUCGAAAUCUCCUGAAAAAUAGAGCGGCGGAAGUUUCCAUCGUCAAUGAUCUCCAGAGCACCGACGAAAGCCGACACGAUAGUCGCCGAAAUUCGCUCGUGUCUCUCAGCACGAUCAAUGGUGAUGACGACGCUAUUUCCUUGGACUCCUAUGCAACAAUUGACCCACCAGAAGAACCCAAGUAUCGAUCCACUGAGGAUUUGAUGAGCUUCGUUUCUAAAAACUUCGUCGAAAAAACGUCUUACAUCACCGACACGACCACUACUGACACUGAAACUGACACAUCGACAGUUUACACUCCCGCUACUGGGACAACAGUAGCAUCACCAACAAACACUGACCUCUUUCCAACGCCGACGAGUACAAUGAGACCUGCGCUAGAAUCACCAGUUUCAAUGACUAGUGGCUUCAGUGAGAAGAGUCGUCAGGAAUUCCAGUUGAGAAGGGCAAGCCGGGAGAAUUUGCUCUCAAACGAGACGGAAAGUGAGCUAGAGACGAAUUUAUCGAUUAGUCUCAACACUAGAACGAAAAGAAAAAUGACCGAAGAAGAAUGCCGAAAAAAGGAACGACAAAAGAGCUUCCAGCAGAAAUACCGUCUCACCCAGAGAUUCAUCGAAGACUCCAUCAAAGGCAACGCAACCAACCUUGAAAUCGCAAGGCGAGAGUUGAGAAACGCUCAACUCGGCCAUAACAGUGUCAUUGAAAAUGAAGAUUUGACACGGAAGAAUCUUCUCUCCGAUUCCGAAGUCUUCCUCGACACAGACGACGACGGAAUGGACACAAUCUCCGAAAUCACGAUCGACUUCGGAGGACGCAACACGAGGAAUGAGUUUGAAAUCGGAAAAGACUCAUUCGGAAAACAUUUUGUUGACCUUUAG